CUUCUGCUGGCUGCCAGCAUGCUGGUGCCAGUAUACUGGCACCAGCACUCUACCAGCAUAAUGUAAACACUUGCCAGCUGCUGGUUGUUGCCAGCAUGAAAAAUUUUGGCCUUUUCUAAAUUCAAUGCUGGCAAAUCAUACUGGCAAGAAAAAACAAUAUGGCCGAAAGUGAAAAUUGUGCCGCAGAUCGUGAAAAAGGUAAACAAGAUGUCAAGUGAAAUUUAAAACGAAACAAAAGAUAUUGUUCGGAAGAAACCUCGAAAAAGUAUUGACGACUUCGGACAGUUAAUAGAAUUAUAUCGAUCGCAUGAAUGUUUAUGGGAUUUCCGUAAUCCGUUGUAUAAAAACAAAACUGAACGCCAAAGAGCAUACAAAGAUAUUAUGCUAGAAAUGAACUUUGAUUCCACUGAAGAAGUCACCAAAAAAAUUAAAUCAAUGCGUGACACGUAUACGUCCGAGAAAAUACGAAUAAACAAAUCGAAAAAAUCUGAUGCCGGAAUUGACGAUGUUCACGAACCCAGGCUCUACUGGUUUGCUGUUGCCGAUGCUUUUUUGUCGAAAUGUAACCCUCGGAAAUCCAGUAACAAUUUGGAUGUGUGUACAGGUCUGAAGGAGUCGAGUGCUGUUGAUGACUUCCUUGAAAAUAAAAUAUCUAACGAGUGUUCAUAUGAAAGAGCUCCAUCAUCCGAGGAUGCACAGGAUAAAUUGACAUUCGAGCCGGCACGAGUUCCAAAAAAAAUGAGAACACAUCAAGAAAAUGUGCCGAAUCAUAUUCAGUCGGCCAUAAUAAAGCUGGAAGAAAUAAGAAAAGCGUCAACUGUGUCAGACGAAUUUCAUCAUUUUGGGCAAACUAUUGCAUUUCAGUUAAGAAACAUGCCUAAGCUAAACGCAUACGUUUUGCCAGAUCGAAUACAAAGGAUGGUUAGCGAAGAAAGGAUUAAGUACGAAUGUGAAAGAGCUAAUUGUGAAAGCUCGCUGCUAUCACAAUCUAUCAGUUAUAACCCACCCAAUCUCGAUCCAUUCACGAAUAUGAAAGAGCAAACUUCGGGUUUGAUACGCACUGAAAAAGUGUUACAGGUAGAGAACGCUUCCGAGGAAAUACAUGACGAUAAUUCAUCAUUUUCUUUCACUAAUGAAAUGGAUGCCAGCUUUAUAACAAACUUAGUGUCUUGCGAAAUGGAUGGAUCAAUUUGUGCAGAAGAACAAAUUGACCACGAAAGAUCGGGUACUUCUGUUUAUGAAACAAAACAGUCGAACUCAGAAGGAUUUAAUAAUACACUUUCACAGGUGAUGUAUCUCACUUUCCAGGGACACUGAAGUGUAAUAACAUAUUUUGUUUACGAAGCAGAAUGCAGGCUCUUGGUCAAAUAUAAACGGUUGUUCUAAAUUAAUGCUUCCGAAAAAGAUGUAUAUUAGAGUAAAAAUCCAUUUAAACAUACGAGUAAAUUCAACCGCUUGAUACGUCGGUUUAUUUCCAUAUAACUAGACUUCAUGUUUCCUUCUCUACCA